UCGAAUUCUAGCGCUCCACACGUCUCACACGUCUGUCACUGCGGUCGCAUACACCCAAUCCAACUAUGGCCGCCCUCCUCAAGAAACCAUUGAAGCUGGCCCUGGUUCAACUGGCCUCAGGCGCCGAUAAGUCUCUAAACCUCGCACACGCUCGUUCCAAAGUCCUCGAGGCCGCCAAAGCCGGUGCUUCGCUGAUCGUACUUCCCGAAUGUUUCAACUCCCCCUACGGCACCCAGUACUUCCCCAAGUAUGCCGAAACGCUGCUCCCCUCCCCACCCACACAGGAACAGUCCCCCUCCUACCAUGCGCUAUCAGCCAUCGCCGCUGAGGCCAAGGCCUACCUGAUCGGCGGCAGUAUCCCCGAAUUGGAACCAGCCACGAACAAAUACUACAACACCGCUCUGGUGUUCUCGCCCACCGGUGCCCUGAUUGGCACACACCGCAAGACCCACCUAUUCGACAUUGACAUUCCCGGCAAGAUCACCUUCAAGGAGAGCGAGGUGCUCUCCCCCGGCAACCAGCUGACUGUGGUCGACCUGCCGGAGUAUGGCAAGGUUGGCCUCGCGAUCUGCUAUGAUAUUCGCUUCCCAGAGGCCGGUAUGAUCGCGGCGCGUCAGGGCGCAUUUAUGCUGGUCUACCCGGGCGCGUUCAACACGACGACUGGUCCCUUGCACUGGUCGCUGUUGGCGCGGGCACGCGCUGUCGACAACCAGGUGUAUGUGGCUUUGUGCAGCCCCGCCAGAGACAUGGAGGCUUCGUACCAUGCCUAUGGCCACAGUCUGGUCGCGGACCCUAGCGCGAACCUGCUGGCCGAGGCGGAAGAUAAGGAGAAGAUCAUCUACGCGGACUUGGACAACGAGACCAUCGAGAACACGAGGAAGGGCAUCCCGAUUUACACGCAGCGGCGAUUCGACGUGUAUCCGGACUCGACCACUACAGCCAACGACAGCCGACACAUCUGUCCCUCAUUCAAAAUGUCCACCACCGUCAAGACCGGCAAGAAGACCCGCUCGGCCAUCGCCGACGUGGUGACCCGCGAGUACACCAUCAACAUGCACAAGAGAAUGCACGGUGUUUCCUUCAAGAAGCGUGCUCCUCGUGCUAUCAAGGAGAUCCGCGCCUUCGCUGAGCGUGCUAUGGGCACCACCGACGUCCGCGUCGACCCCCAGCUCAACAAGAAGGUCUGGGAGGCCGGUAUCAAGGGCGUCCCCUACCGUCUCCGUGUCCGCAUCUCCCGCAAGCGUAACGACGAGGAGAACGCCAAGGAGAAGCUCUACUCCUACGUCCAGGCCGUCAACGUCAAGGACGUCAAGGGUCUCCACACCUCUGUCGUUGAUGACGAGUAAAUGCAUUUCUCUUUAUCCAUAAUAAAAUAAAAGAAUGUGUUUUGCUUUUCUUCAGCGAUGGAGAUGAGAGAUGAGAUGAGAAGGGAAUGGAAAUCGAAUUAGGAUGGGAUGCGUCGGAAUGAGGAGCGGUGUCUACCUUGCUCCGGUCGGUCUUGGAUCAUUUUCUUUUUUUUUUUCUUUUCUCAAAUGAAAAAAAAGUUGAAAUACUUUGAGGUGUAUGUCUGUCUGUCGCUUUCAAACGUCAGAUUGAGCCAGCAGAUAGGUUUUAGUAAAAAAUCUAUUUUGCUGGGUUUGUCGGCUGUCAUUACUUUUCUCUUCUCCCUCUCUCUAUAGUUCCUGUAUCUUUUCUGGGGGUUGGUAUGUAGAUGUAACUGUAGAUGUAGAUUUUUUUUUCUUCCCUCAGCGGGAGGAGUACGUAAUCGAGCUUGAGUAGUUAGUUACAGUUUCUCGGCUGAC